AUGCUUAAUUUACCAGCAUAAGUCAUAAGAAGUUAACAACAAGGCGGAUUACAAAAUUACCUUCAUCCAUAUGAUUAAUACUUCAGUAGUUAAUCAACAGAAAUUGAAAGCCUGAAAUAUUGUUGA